GCUAGCUUUGGUCCGCUGCCGUGUAGAAGGGCCUUGUGUCCGGGGCUAUUUUUCAAGGCGGAUUCCUAUCUUGAGAUUUAGUUAAAUGUGUAUUUCGUAUAAACAUAAUUGUAAAAAACAUCCAGAAACCAUGGUUUGACUCGAAAGCUUGUUGAAUGUAGGCUUCGCCAUGGAAAUGAUGAAGGAGAAAUACAUUCUGAACACGAACGGAGACGAUUACGAAAGAUUUGUUUUCCAUCGUCUUCAAAACUUUGCCAGUGAGUUUAGAAACCUCCAGCAUCCACAGGCACACAUAGCUGUUUAUCCACCUCUACAUCUCAGCCGUGAAGCAAUGAAAUACAAAAUAGGGUUGGGCAGAGAUGACAGCUCUCAGAGCAGUUUGUUGGCCAGCAGGCAAUGGAGAGAUUACCCUGUGGAAAACCCUGAAAAAAAGCAGUCCAUCUCAGAAGAUCUUAAACAGGAUUCACUAUGGAUGAAACAAUGGUCCGCUCAAAUAAGCCAGGCUUUUCGAACCAGACAGCUGCUGGUUGACUUUGAUGACGGCCGACCAAAAUUCAAACUCCGAGAGCCUCAGGACCUGUUCUCCUUCCCUUCCUCCGGGUACCCGUUUCAGGGGGUCCGCUGGCCAAUGGAGAGUGAGGUCAUUGAUGGCAUCAUCCAGCACAUCGACUGGGACCCCCCCCAGCCCGAGCCCUUCUACCACCCCACGGGCCUGGAGCGAGCUCCGGUCCUAGUGGGGGAGGAGGGGGGGAUCUUGGUGUACUGCAUUGACCUUGCCACUAAGAAGCCGUAUUUCACAUGCUCUCGUGUUGGGGGAAGCCGUGGCCCAAUCAAGAGUGGAAGGGCCUGCACCAUGUGUCUGAAGGAUCCGCCCCUCGAGUUUGAGUCGCGCUUUGAGAGUGGAAACCUGCAGAAGGCCAUUCAAGUGGGUGCCUAUAAUUAUGAGCUCACUCUGCGCCCAGACAUGUACACCAGCAAGCACACCCAGUGGUUUUACUUCAGGGUCAGGGGCAUGAAGGCCGGGGUCAGCUACCGCUUCACCAUAGUGAACCUGAUGAAGGGCCACAGCCUGUACUCCCAGGGGAUGAGACCUCUGCUGUACUCCCAGAGAGCUGCUGAGGAGCAGGGGAUGGGCUGGCAUCGCAUUGGAUCCAACAUCAAGUACUACCGCCACUACCCUCAGACAAGCUUGGAGAACCCCAGCAGCGAAGGCCCCGCCCUGCACUCGCUCACCUGGACCUGCCAGUUCCCGUACGACGCCGACACGUGCUACCUGGCCCACUGCUACCCCUACACCUACUCCCGCCUGCAGCGAUACCUGAGCCGCCUCACCUCCGACCCCGGAACCGCUGCCUACUGCAAGCUCCGCGUGCUGUGCCACAGUCUGGGCGGGAACCCCGUGCACGUGCUGACCAUCACUUCCCCGGAGCGGUGCCGAGGCCCCGAGGGCACGAGGGCCAAAAGAGCCGUGGUGGUGACGGCCCGGGUCCACCCCGGGGAGACCAACGGCUCCUGGAUGAUGGAGGGCUUGCUGGACUUCCUGUUGGGCGACUCGGACGACGCCCGUCUGCUCAGGGACACGUUUGUUUUCAAGGUGGUGCCCAUGCUUAACCCCGACGGCGUGGUGGUCGGGAAUUACCGCUGCUCUCUGGCCGGCAGGGACCUCAACAGGAACUACAGGACAAUGCUGAAGAACGCAUUCCCCACGGUGUGGCACACGCGCAACAUGGUGAAAAGGUUGACCGCGCAGACGGACGUGGUUCUUUACUGUGACUUCCAUGGCCACAGUCGUAAAAACAACGUGUUCAUGUACGGCUGUAACGACCGGGACGACCCCUCUCUGCAGCUGAACGAGAGAGUCUUCCCACUAAUGAUGAGCAAAAACGCCAAAGACAUGUUCUCAUUCAGGAGCUGCAAGUUCCGGGUGCAGAAGAGCAAAGAAGGGACGGGGCGGGUCGUCAUGUGGCGGCUGGGCGUCAGAAACAGUUAUACCAUGGAGUCUACUUUCGGAGGCUCAACUCUGGGAGGCCGGAGCGGGACCCACUUCACCACACAGGACCUGAAGUAUUUUGGCUACUGCCUUUGUGACACCCUGCUGGACUACUGUGACCCGGAUACCACCAAGACUGCGUUGUGUCUGGCUGAGAUGACAUCGUUGCUCAGGCAGAGGGCCAGCAAGCGGUCAGGCCAAGAUUCCAACGCCAUCAUCUCUGUCUACGACCUGGAAUCCAGCACCAGUGGCUCAGAUAGCUCAGAAUCUGAUGGACUGCCGCUACAUUUACUGAAGCAAGGCACUAUGGCUAAGAAACACCGGCUGACCCGCCGAGAGAGGAACAAACUGCGACAGGAUACCGUCAUGAAGAACACACAGGCCCAGAUGCCAACUCCACUUCCUGAUGCCAUGGUGAAGGAAAGGAGCCCGGAGAAGACUUUGGUGUCACAAAAAAGGAAAGAGAAGGGUUCUGUUGUGAAGUCCGUUGGCACGUCUGUGUCCCCUCCACGGCCAUCCAGUAACGCACGGGAGAUCGGUCACGUGACCCUGUGGCAGGGCAGAGAGCCAGUCAAGCACGAAAGUGUGGAGGCUCGGAGGACACAUUCAUACAUGCAUCCCAGGACCAGGACCUGUCAUACAGAGCCUCAUACAGAGGGCCAAAGAGAAAGACACGUGUGUACAACUAAGCUGCUCUACCUGAGUGCCAUGCUGCCCUCGCGGUCAGCCCUCACCGAGGAUGAGCGGCAGACACAGCAGCGGUCCCUGCUGUCGUCGCUGUACCUGAAAGGCCUACGAAGCAGGCAGCAGGCUCCUCGUGCACCGACUACCUACAGGCCUCACUCUGGCAUCCAGUUCAAGGUGGUUCCAGAAAUACUGUCCGUCAGAGGCAACGAGCCGUGGGUCUCCCAGCACAACAGGGUGUCGGUGCAGAACCUGCCAGCUGAGGAUCACUCAUCCUUCAUCUCCCCUUCGACAAAUAUCACCUAUUCUCCCCCAUACAAUCACAGAGUCUUUCCCUCAAAAGCCACCCUAACGGCGGCCAAUGGGGUACGGGCCGGUGGGCUUAGUGAACAGAGACCGGGAGAGCCUCACUAGCCACUGAAACAUCAGGGAAGAUCAGAAAUAAUAGGAUCUGGGUGUAACCCAGUGUUGCUGAAGAAGCAAUAACUUUGGUGAUUAGUACCUUUUUUUAUGUGUGACAGACCCAAUUGGCCAACGGCUCGGUGCGACACCCUCAGCGUAUGGAAAUCCAGGCUUCAUCAGCCAUCGUCUCCCUGGCGUGACGCCGACUCUCUACAGGCAACAGAAGCCCGGCUGCUGCACUCAGGGAAAAAUAUUCUUUCACAGUGGGGCAGACAGACAGGGCAGCUUGACUGCUCCAGACAUCGAGAGGUUCUGUUCCUUCCUGCCACUCCCCAAAGUGCACGGGUGGCGUGGGGAAGACAAUAGACCCAACACGUCCCCCACAUAUUGAACUUUUGGUUUUUUAAUUCUUGUAAUGUCACUGUUUACACGUGGAUAGAAAUUGCUGUUCAUAGAAUUUAAACAAAUAACUUAAAGGUGGAACACUGGAAAAUGAAGUUGCUACUUAUGUAAUGCCUGUGAUGUCGUAUUGGUACGAUAUUCAUAUACAGGUAGAUACCUAACCUGUAAUGUAAUAAUAAUGAUUUUGAUGAUGUUUUAAUGAAGGCAUGCCCAAUUUCAAUGAUCUGCCCAACAAUAUUCAAAGUAUUAUUUGUAACCCAACACAGGAAGUUUUAUGCAGAUAUAUAUGAUGAUUAAAUAGUGAGCAUUACCUGCAUGAGCAGGCUAUUGCUGUUGUUAUAACCGCCACUGUGUCUCCACCCCAACCCAGCGGCCCACAAACAAAUGCACACCACAAAUGGACUUCAAUAUAAAAAUAUAUUUUUAAAAGCAAAUAACACUGUUCUUUGACAUCAGAUUUUGUGGAAUACAAUUAAUAAUAAUUAC